UUUCCUUUUCAGCCGGGUCAGUAUAGCUGAAAUACAGAAAGAUGUGGAAUACAGGUUGCCAUUCAGCGUAAACAACCUGACAAUUAACAUUAAUAUAUUGCUUCCUCCACAAUUUCCUCAGGAAAAACCAGUGAUCAGUGUUUAUCCACCAAUACGACAUCAUUUAAUGGAUAAACAAGGAGUAUAUGUUACCUCUCCAUUAGUAAACAAUUUUACAAUGCACUCAGAUCUUGGAAAAAUUAUUCAGAGUCUAUUGGAUGAGUUUUGGAAGAAUCCUCCAGUUUUAGCUCCUACUUCAACAGCAUUUCCAUACCUAUACAGUAACCCAGGUGGGAUGCCUUCCUAUGCUUCUCAGGGCUUUCCAUUUCUUCCUCCAUUUCCCCCACAAGAAGCUAACAGGACUGUCAGUUCUUUAUCUGUUACUGACACUGUUUCUUCAUCAACAACAAGUUAUACAACAGCCAAACCUGCUGCUCCUUCAUUUGGCAUCCUUUCAAAUCUGCCAUUACCUGUUCCCACAGCAGACACUUCAGUGCAGAUAAGCCAGAAUGGUUUUGGUUACAGGAUGCCAGAUGUCCCUGAUGAAUUUCCCGAACUCUCCGAACUAAGUGUGUCACAACUUACAAAUAUGAAUGAACAAGAGGAGAUAUUACUAGAACAGUUUCUUACUUUGCCUCAACUAAAACAAAUUAUUACUGACAAGGACGACUUAGUAAAAAGUAUUGAGGAGCUUGCAAGGAAAAAUCUGCUUUUGGAGCCCAGCUUGGAAGCCAAAAGACAAACUGUUUUAGAGAAGUAUGAAUUACUGACACAAAUGAAAUCUACUUUUGAAAAGAAGAUGCAAAGACAGCAUGAACUUAGUGAGAGCUGUAGUGCAAGUGCCCUACAGGCAAGAUUAAAAGUAGCUGCACAUGAAGCUGAGGAAGAAUCUGAUAAUGUUGCUGAAGAUUUCUUGGAGGGAAAAACUGAAAUAGAUGAUUUUCUCAGUAACUUCAUGGAAAAGAGAACAAUUUGCCACUGUAGAAGAGCCAAGGAAGAGAAACUUCAGCAGGUGAUAGCAGUGCACAGCCAGUUUCAUGCUUCAUAGAUUUUCCUGAAUACAUGAACUGCUGCAAGAGGAAUGGGACACAUAACUAAGCACAUUUAUAUUUAUGAUUUGCAGAUUGGCACUUCAUCACAGCAGCUGACUUCACAGUAUACUGUAUAGAUUGUAUACAGAACUAAGACUGAUUUUGUACACAUCAGAAUGAUAGCUCUGAUCUUGACUUUGAGAAAUUUUUCUGCGCUAUUUGCACUAAAAAUGUUUAUUUAUUAUUGAUAAAUCCUAUCAUAUUUAAGUUCCACUGCUCCUCUCUUAUUGGUUAUUUCCAUGUAAUUUUGGCUAGUUUCAAUAUUUUAUAAAAUUACUUCAUUUAAAUUUGUAUUUUUAAUUUGAAAUGCCUAGUUUCUUUAUCAAAAAUGGUUGGUUUAGAUUUUUUUCCCCUCUCAGCCUUUUAUGAAAAAUUACUAUUUUCAACAGUAGAAAGACUUAUUUUUCUUCUUUCUUUCUGGAUAAUAAAACUUUCAAAAACAAUUUCUUUUAAAUAUUCCAGGUGUCAGUAAACAUUAAACCUGCCAAUGUGCCAUCUCAAGAAAGUAACUUUUAAUACGUAUAAUAAACCAAAAGAAUAAACCAGCUGUUUAUA